AAUUGCCCAAUGUACAGCUAACGCGGAAGCCUUGCUUUCCUUCUUUCUCCCAUCUCGUCCGUUGUGUUUGAACGCACGUUUCUGAGAGCCUAAAUCGGACUUUCAACAAUUUUCCACCUAGAGGCACCCCAAACCCGUCACGUGCUGAUAGCAGCUUCUGCACACAACCUACUCGCAAGUGUACACAGCAGGGCCCAACGGCGGACGCUGGCACCUUGUUCUCUCCCUCGCUUAUCCCUGCCCCCCCCCCCGCCCACGAUGUGUUUUAACCUGCGUGAUUUUCGUCAAAGCAGGUCUCCUCCCCGCCGCAGGGAGAGGUCGCGCUCUCGCUCGAGGGACAGGGGUGGAGGUGGCAGGGAUCACGGUCGGGAGGAAGAACCUGCCGGCACGGAGUCCACAUGCGGCAAGGAUUGCGGAGACGAGUGCGACAACAACCGUGUCUACGUGUCCGGCCUGCCCACGACCAUCACCGAGACCGACCUGGUGGAAAAGUUCAGCACCAUCGGCAUCAUCGCCCGCAUCCGCCAGAAGAGGGGCUACAAAGACCAGUGGCCGUUCUCCGUCCGCAUCUACAAGGACGACAACACGGGCAAGCCUAAGGGCGACUGCAUCAUCAAGUACGAGGAGCCCAACUCCGCACACGCCGCCCUGAGGUGGUUCGACGGGAUCGACUUCAAGGGGGGAAAGAUCGGAGUUGCCAUGGCCGCGAAGCCCUCCCUCAACAACCGCUACUAAAUAUCGAUUUGCGACGUUCCGGAAGGGAAUGCGCUAUGAGGGGCUUAACGAGAAAUUGUGGAACCUUCAUCAGAAAAAGGUCGUGAGAUCUGGACUUCCAGAACCCGACGAAAUCGGAAAAGGUCGUGAGAUAUGGACCUUCAGAACCCAUACUAAACAAGGCAGCGGUCGUGAUUCUCAGCGGCCUGGUAGGUAGUUGAGACCCGAGUUGCCGACCUAUAACUUGUGUCGCCUCGCGACCUGCGCUUUUCAUUUUUUGUUUAUUUAUUUGAUCCUAUUGGCAGUGGUAGAAACGGUUCACCAUCAUAGUCAAGUGUUCCCAGCGACCGCCAUGACAAAGGUGUUUCGACAAGGCGGUUACUUUCGAGGCUUACCUUCUUCACGGGUCGGAUUCGUUUUGUGGUAGAGCAUGAGCGGUACGAGGUAUCGUGAGGGAUGGGAUGGGACAAGACGAGCCUCGCCAUGAUCGCAAAGGCUGUCUUAAGACCAGCUUGACACCACGGGGCCAGGAAAGCUACCGCGGUGGUAGCAGAAAAAUGAACUUCUCUUGGCUCCAAGUGCAACAUCGCUGCGACAGCGGCAGUAUUUGCCCCCCGAAGCAUUCCGCUCCAGGCCAAGCCUUUGCCUAGAGAAGAACCCGCUGGUUUGGGUCGCGUGACUCGCUGUACUUGUACAAUGCCUUGCCUUCGAAGGAAAGCCCGGACAUGAUCCAGACUACAGUCCGAGCUUUGUUUUUGCACGGAGAGUUUGCACUAUUAGACACAAAAAAGCUUGGGUCUCCAUCAUCGACCUAAGUUCACUUUUUCUGUCCCUGUCAUUUUCAUAGUUAAGGGUGUGCGGUAAAGAAGAGGGGUCGUGGACAGACAGUUUUUGUGUUGUUUUCUCCGAGCCUGUCCUCCCGUCGCGACGGGGGCAAGAGGGCGGAAGGCGUGAAAAAUCACGAGCAGAUGAGUAAGAGCGAAUUGAUAAUUUAUCUGAUUGUGUGCUUUGCCUAUAGUGUGCGAGGGGAUUUGGAGGGCGGUAGAUGGCGUGUUUUUCGGUUGGGAGCGGUGGCGCCAUGUACCCUUCUUUGUCUAGGGUGCGCUGUACGUUGCUGUGUCCUGCCCUUCUUGGUUGAAUGAGCAGCUGGUGAUGAUGUCGGAGAUGGGGCGAUAUCUGUGCAAACCUGUUGGUUGCCAUUUCUUCUACUCUACAAGUGUAGCACCUCGGCGCGUGUGUUGCAUUGAGUGUGGAUCAUUCAUGCUUUUUUUCGGGAAACUGGAUUUUGUCUAGCGGUUAUUAGUGGCGUAUGAAGUACGGUCGGAAAGUUGCAGCAGCAGGCGUGGCAGGUUUUUACGAAGGGAUUGAGCAAUAGAAGCAGCGUGGGGACCAUUCAAAAGAAAGCGUGUGGGGGCCAAAUCGAGCAGCGUGAGGUAGUUUUUCGAUUCUUUCGCCGGGAUGCCAAUCAUUGGGGUUGACAACUUGGCGAGGUUUUUUUGAGCGACAACGCUUCAUCUGAAUUCAUCUGAACG